AUGAGAGUGCACCAAGUUGCGCUCUCCUUCGUCGAGGGUGACGCGCAGACAACAGCCAAGGUUCAAGCCAAGGGAGGCGAGGCCGUCGCGUUCAAGCCCCUCGACAGCUUUGAGCUCCGCCGCGUGUCGCUCAUCAAGGUCAACGCCCCAGGAACAGAGAGACUAGUGCUUUUCGGCGCACGGGACACCAUCAAGCGCAACCUGCCAUUCGUGGUGUACAAUGACUUCACUGCUACGCCCCUCAGCAGCGAGACGAUUGAGGCCCUUACAGUUAUUGACUGGGUGCCUACGGACUUGUUCAGCGGCCUUGGGUACACUGAGCGGCGAGACGGCAGCUUGGUCAUCCAGGAGCCGCCUGGCAAGGAUGCCUCCAAGAAUGCCAAGCAGACAGCCAGCAAGGAUGAUGAGAAAGUGGCCGGCAAACUCGACAAGAAAGCUGCUGCCAAGGGCAAGGGCGACGCGGCUGGUGAAGCUGACGGCGACCCGGCUGUCAAGGGCGACAAACAGGCAGCCUCAAAGAAAGGCAAGCAGGCGGCUGGCAAGGACACGGAGAACAAGGCGAAUGGCAAAAAAGUCGGCAAGAAGGGCGCCAGCAAGGAUGAGAAGGCUGAUGGCAAGACCGCCGCUGCCAACAGAGACGGCAAGAAGAAAUCCAAGGCCAAGGGGGCGGUUGCCAAGGCAGCUGCCAAACCUGCUGCCGCCAAGGAGGAAGCCUCCGAUUACGACGACACCGUCAAGAGCCAGCCAGCCAAGGCCGGCGCCAAGGCAGACAAGGCUGCCGACCAGGAGGACGCUGCCGACAGUGCGGAUGAGGGCGACACAGGCGCUUCUGACGCAGCGGCCAGCAAAAAGGGCGGCGCGGCAGCUGACGACAAUGAUGCAGAUGGCGCAGCAGCUGGGGCAGGCGAUGAGGAGACUGAUGAGGCAGAUGCUGGCGGCACCAAGCAAGGUGCGGCAGCGGGCGGCAAGGUCACUAAGGGCAAAGCAGCAACCAGCGACGCAGAUGUGGACAGCGAUGCCGAUGCUGCUGGUGGCAAGAAAGCUGCAGCGGCUGACGGAGAGGAUGCCGAUGGAGAUGCAGCUGAAGGGGAUGCUGACGCUGAUGCAGAUGUCCAGGAGUGA